GGAAGUAAACGCCAUUAUCAUCAGGUGACAGCAACACACACAGGGUUUGAGCUGCAACAAACAGUCUUUUAUUUAUUUAUUAUUAUUAGUAGUAGUCAUUAAUGUGUAUAAAGCUUAUUUAAUACACCAUGGCGCAAAAAAUCAAUGAAGCUCACGAACACAUCGCCAAGGCUGAAAAAUAUUUAAAGACGAGCUUUAUGAAGUGGAAGCCCGAUUAUGACAGUGCUGCAUCAGAAUAUUCCAAAGCAGCUGUUGCCUUCAAAAAUGCCAAACAACUGGAACAGGCGAAAGAGGCUUAUUUACAGGAGGCCGAGGCUCACACCAACCACAGAUCGCUUUUUCACGCUGCCAAGGCUUAUGAGCAAGCAGGAAUGAUGCUGAAGGACAUGCAGAGAUUACCAGAAGCGAUCGAGUUCAUCGAGAAGGCCAGCAUGAUGUACGUGGAGAACGGCACUCCUGACACGGCUGCCAUGGCCCUGGACCGAGCGGGGAAGUUGAUCGAGCCUCUGGAUCUGGCCAAAGCCGUUCAUCUGUACCAGCAGGCGGCAGGAGUGUUCGAGAACGAGGAGCGACUGAGACAGGCUGUGGAGCUCAUCGGCAAAGCAUCACGACUUCUGGUUCGACAACACAAGUUUGACGAAGCUGCCGUGUCGCUGCAGAAGGAGAAGAACAUGUAUAAAGAAAUAGAAAAUUAUCCAACCUGUUUUAAGAAAACCAUCGCCCAGGUGCUGGUGCACCUCCACCGCGCGGACUAUGUGGCGGCGGACCGCUGUGUGCGCGAGAGCUACAGUAUCCCAGGGUUCAGCGGGAGCGAGGACUGCAUCGCCAUGGAGCAACUCCUGCAGGGUUACGACGAGCAAGAUGAAGAUCAGGUGACCCGCGUGUGUACCUCACCCCUGCUGCGCUACAUGGACAACGACUACGCCAAGCUGGCCCUCAGCCUGCAGGUGCCCGGAGGAGGGAAGAAGAAGAAGCCCGCCGCUAGCGCUAGCGGAGACGCUGGAGCCGCGCAGCCGGAGGAGGACGAGGACGAGUACGCUGGAGGACUGUGUUAAACACACACUUCUGCUGCCGAGAACGCAUGCGUGACCACGAUCUGAUUAUAUUCCUGUACUGGAGAUCUGUGUUAGGCCUCUCAACAACUCCUCAAGCAUGUGUGUUUAUUCAGGUUUGUUAAAAUGAACGUUAGCGUUGGGUUUGCCUUGAACGCAAGUUUCGGGAGAUUAAAGGCAAACCUGAGAGAACAGCCUUUACUGUAAAGGGAGAGAAUCUGAUGUUCAGAACUGUGCUGGACUGCAAUUAUACUCUAUCAUAUGAAUAUUGAAUAACAGUGCCUGCCUUACUACAAAACAUGAACUCAAUGAACCCAUUAUACGAGACGUCACCAGAACAUGAAGCCGGAUGCAUGAAAUGCCUUAAGAUAAUCUGAACACAUCUUAGUUUUGUUUUAGUCGAUGUGCUUUGAAAUUGCGGGGAACAAUUUCUGUUAUUAAUGAGGACCUAAAUUAUUGUUUACUGUGAUUGCAUGGUGUCAGAAUACCAAUGAAUAAAUAAAAAUGAUUCUGUUUUUGCAUA